CCUCCUCCUCCUCCUUGCAGUAUCAACGACCUUGGAGAUUCUGGACAUCAAGGGCCCGAGUGUGAUCGUUAACGGCUCGGCCUCGAUGCUCGUCCUCGAUUGCGACUACGACCUGACCGAGUACGACCGGCCGGGACUGGUCGUCAAGUGGUACUUCAACCGCCAGCCGUUCCCCGUGUACCAGUGGAUUCCGAAUAAUGGUCCUCAGGACCUGGGACUCCUGAAGGGGCGGCUGGACCUCAAGCACCAGGUGUCUGAGGACGAGUACAUGAAGCACCGCGCCCUCGCCAUCGUCAACCCGACGUCCGAGCUCACCGGCGAGUACACCUGCUGGAUCUCCUCCUUCGAGAGCGAGGCUUACAAGAGGAAGAAGAUCAUCAUUUACUCGCCUGCGGCCGACAUGUCGAUGACGUAUUCCAAACCGAACGAGGAGAGUGUGAUCAUCUCGUGCCGCGCCGGAGGGAUCUUCCCCGCGCCAGACAUCACCAUCUCCAGGAGCUCUGCAACGUCCAGAAACCUGAUCGAGGACGCCAAAGUGGACACCAAAUUCCUGCCGGAACAGAGAUCCUAUAACGUCAGCAUCGACCUCGAAGUUCUGGAUUACGAACUGGACUCGGAGACGAUGUUCGAGUGCAUCCUCACCAUCCCCGGGACGGAGUACGAGGUGCGCGAGGAAAUCCUCUAUUUUCCUGGGCCUCCAACCACAACUACUACUACUACCACCACCACCACUACCACAACUACUACUACUAGCACUACCACAACGACCACCUCCGUCCCAGAUUAUGCUGAGGAUGAGGAUGAGGAAGAAAAGGAGGAGGAACAUGUUGAACAGGCUGAUGGUUAUGAUACUAGCUUUGAUAAUGAGGCCAGCCGGUCCAAAGGCGCGAGGCCCCACGUUGCCGAAAGUGUGUCAGGAGCUGAGGCAGUGAAGUGCAGCUUAGCGGUGAUUGCCUUUCUACACACUGUGCUUCUCUUUCGCCCCUUUCUACAAUGAGCUAGAUGAGGGGUAACUCGUCUGUGUAUGUGCCCCGUCCCUUCCUGCAUCUCUUUGCCCCUAGUUUUCGCUUGGUUGGUCCUCCUGUCAAGAGAAGAUAUUUCAUCUGCUACAAGAUUAUAAAUUAUAGGACUAUCCGUGUUUACAACUGAAAUAUAUCAUACACAAAUAUAUUUAUAUUGAGUGCAUGACGCUCGCGUAUGUAAAGACUGUUACUUUACAGUUUUGAUGUUUUAGGCAAAACGGAUUUUCCAGUGUCAUGGCCGAGGUCCGCUAGAUCUGUUGCGAUAUAAAGAGAAAGGGAAAAAAAAAUUAAAAGUUGUUUUUUCUCUCUUUUUUUCUCUUUUUUUCUCUUUGGGUUCAGCAAAUCUAGCUCUGGAUUUCAGUCACAGUUCACAUGCUGUUGUAUUUCUCUCUAAGCAUGUACUGUGCAUGACCCUGUAUUAUUUUGUAAAUUAAAAAGGAAAAAAAAAACUAUACAAAAAGAAAGAGAGAGAAAAAAAACAGACAUUUCUAUUCUUUAUGAAAACUUUAUAAAUGUUGCGAUGUAAUGUAGCACAUGAGUUUUUGAGUUUUUACUUUGACAUGAAGAAAGGAUUAACCGCUUUAAGACUGAGCGUAAGGCUGAAACUUUGAGUGUUUUCGAUGAGCGUAGAUGCACUUAUUUUGCACUCGGUGGCGUUUCGAAAAGGAAGGAAAAUACGGUAGGGAGUGUUGUCAGUUUGCGAAGCGAAGAGUUCUUAACCAAAUGUUCUGUUGGAAAUCGUGUUGGAAUUAAUUACCCCCAUGUGAUUAUAGUCAUUUUUUUCAUAUAUUUUAUUUGUUUUGGUUGAACCGCUAGUCACCUGACAACUAAAAAAAAAAUUGACGGAAAAGAUCGGCGAUUUUGGACAGUGUCAGAACCCCCCGCCCCCCAUGUAAUAUCUUUUCCAUGUAGGCCUACUUGGUUUGGCUUGUAAACACCCCACUACAAGCGGUACACAGCCAGGGUCAGAGGUCACAUGAACAUUGCAACUGAUCGGUAUACAUGUGCACCCUGUGUUUCCAAUGUUCAGCAUGUUCUUUGGCGCAAACCAAAAAAGCACACAUACUUUAAACAGCCAGUAUUUGUUAAUUAUAUACUUACUUUUCCUUAAGAGAAUAUAUUUUCUAUUUUCUGCUUUCUUUUAACUAGCUGGUUAUAACUUGCGUUUUGAUGUUCUCGUUAUGAACCAAAUCCCGGCUGGUAAAUGAGCGACUACGAUUUUUGUUUACCUUUUUUUUUAAGUUCCCGUUUUCUUUACGAAGGUUCCUCGUCUUCUGCUGUGUGAUUGGCAACCGCUUCCGUAUCCGUGAUUGGUGAUUGGUGCAGAUCAUGGGUCUGACUUGAUCAAAUGUCUCAGGGUAAAGUCAGAAAAAAGAAUCUUGUAGAAGACCAUUACUAAGAGUAAAUGUAUUAUUUUCCUCUACCUCUUGAAGAAAUGAAAUAAAAAUUUCCACUCUCAUACACGUGGAAUAAAGAUACACGCGAACUUCGUAUACAAAAAUUAGGAAGAACCCCCCCCCCCCCAUAUAACCACGAACUAGCAAGCUGAAAUUGCCAAGGGCUUCGGGGGGGGGGGGAUAAAAAAAAGACCAAAAAAGGACAAAAAAAAUCGAAGUUUCCCCUCAAUCGGAUCCCAUUUUCUGAGCAAUCAAUCACCGGAGUCAAUCACCGGAAACAAAGAAGGUGGAAGCAUCGCCCAGGCAAUCACACGGCGGCGGAAGCUGGGGGCGCGCGGAAGUCUCGGCGACAGUUCCGAUCCGUGAAAUUUCGUCUUCUUUCUGAUCUUCUCUUUCUUUGAAUUGUCUCUUUUCUUACACAUUUUUUUUCUUUUUUUUUUAAUUGCCUUUUGGGCUGAAUCUUCGCACAGUUUAUGGAGGAUCUGAUAUUUCUUCCUUAACUGUGGGGUUUCGUUUUCCCAACCGAUUUACCUGUCCUCUUCGUCACCAAACGGAGACGAUUUACACGGAUCCGAACGCGCUUUGGCACCGGAAUGAGGGAGUUCCACCAACCAAAUUAGACGUCACGGCGAGGUCAAGCAAGGUCACGCGCGGUAGGAGCGGCUGGAGGGGAGAGGGAGGAGAGGGGAGGUGAGCGGGUUAAGAAAGGUCCUUCAUUUAAAAGUGUCGUGACCUUAAGAAGGAAAGGGAAGGGUUUUUAGAAGGCGCGCGAAUUUUGAUUUUUUUUUUCCUUUGUGUUUUAUUGGUUGCUUGUCUGCAGUUAUGCGAUAUAUAUUGUUUUUUUUUCUUAUUUUGCGUUUUUAUUCUUUGAUAUAUACUAGGUGGAAUUCCCUUUUUGGGUUUAUUAUGUAUAUACGUUUUUUUUUUGUCUGUUCCUAUAUUGCUCUGUACUAUAUGCAUAUCUGUUCUCGCUCUCUCUCUCUCUCUCUCUCUCUCUCUCUCUCUCUCUCUCUCUCUCUCUCUCUCUCUCUCUCUCUCUCUCUCUCUCUCUCUCUCUUAUGCCUUGUCAUUGUUUUGAGUUCCUAUGCAGUGAAUUUAUGAGUGAAGCAACAGCAAAAUAUGAAAUAUCGAGAAAGUUACAAAAUGAAAAAAAAAAAAAAAAAAAAACGACAGUAACAAAUCACUGUCUUUCUAAGUCUCCUAAACUCAUAAAUAUUCUGCUUUGUGUAUUUUUUUUUUUUUUUUUUUUUACGUUUCUAGUCCUCUUAUUUUUCUUUGUCUCUUUUUUUUUUAAAUAAGACGAAAGACAAUCAUAGGAAGUCUUUUGAGUAUUUUCCCGUUUUCUGUUGGUCUUCCCGUAGUAUGUUUGCCAAUCUUGUACUAUUUAUCUGUGUGUGUCUGUUUCUCUGUUUCUGAACAUUCUGUCUCUGUCUGUUUCUCUCUCUCUCUCUCUCUCUUUCUCUCUCUCUCUCUCUCUCUCUCUCUCUCUCUCUCUCUCUCUCUCUCUCUCAAGCUUUUUAUAUAUUCAUAGAGUUGAUACGUUAGACCAACAUUUCGGUUUUCAGAACUUCAAUAUUUUUUUUUUUUUACAUAUCGUACAUCCUGGUGAAAAAAAUCCCCCUAGAAAUGAAUGAUAAAGAAAAUAUUUCAGUUCCACAUUUCCCCCUCUGCUGUUCAACUAAACAGACAAUGGCAUUUAAAACAAACAUUUAGAAUAAAAGGUCUGACGUAACCUGUAUGGAUUGAGUCUUCACGAACUCCUAGUUUAAGACACGAUGGUGCUAUUAAUUUUAGCUCACGUCCUGCUAUUGAUCUGGUAUCCCCUUUUAUCUCACCAUUUUAGGUAUAUUAUGAAACAAAAACAAAAAAUAAAACAAAAAAUAUAUAUAUUAAUGAUAACUUCUUCAUAUACUGCCUGCAUAGGUUUUCUUGUUAGGAAAUUUGUAUCACGCCAUGUGUGUUAUCUGUAGGGAAAGAUAAAAGAUUAGAAAAAAAUAAAUAAAUAAUAAAAAAUACAACACCCUUCCCCCCAAAAAAAAGAAUAUAUACCACUUUUUGGAAAACAUAUAUAUGCCGUAUUACAAUUGGUCUUUUUUUGUGUAACUAUUCAGAUAUGUAAAUAUUAACACUUGUGUGUGUAAAGUUUUGUACGUACAUUGUAAAUAAGCAAAGAAAAUGGUGAAGAUAAUAUAGCGAGCCACGUCCGACAUGUUAAGUGAUAGGCUCCAGAUUAACGCCUAGCAUGAUGUUACUUGGUAAAAGAAAAAAAAAUGAUAAGAUUAUUUUUAUUGUCAGAUACUUCCCUUUUUUCGUGUGAAUUGCAAGUAAAUGUGGCAACAGAAAGUAGAGUCUGUAGUUUUUUUUUUCAUUAGUGUAGUUUUGAAAUAUCGAUCUUUUAACUGAUUUGUUUUUAAAAAAGUCUAAUGACCAGAAAAUAAAAGCUGUGUUCCAAGAUUGAAAUUUGACAUCUCGAGCACAGUAUAUUUUAGUUCGCGUGAGAGUCAAAUUUUCCCAAUCACAUUUACUUGCGAUAGGAUACUCCAUUUCAAUUUGUAUGCUGUCAGAGUUCCACAUUUUUCCCCAGCCUAUUAUCAUUGAAAAUCCCUUCAAAAUUCGUAAUUUAAUUGAUUACGUGAUCAACUCUGACACUAUGUCGAACCUGUGAGUUGUUACAAUUGGCAACGAAUAAGUAAAAUGUAAGAAAAUGAUAAAAAAGGAAUAUAUAUAUGAAGACAAAAUACUUGUACUAGUCACCGUGUCAGUACCCUCUGUGUAGUGAAAUGAGCUGUGAAGUCCCUUAGGCUUUUCCUGCAAUAAAGGUUAUUUAGGCUAAGGAAAGACUAUUGAAAAGAACCCUUAUUGCAUGAAUCCAUUAGGGAGGAAAGGCUCAUGCUGUUACAUUGAAAAUCGCCUAUUAUUCUAGUGUACAUGGUGUGUAUCAUACUGUUUGAAAUUAAAAUGUUUAUAGUA